ACAUUCCUCCUAAUCCACCUACUCCCGGAGGUCAAAUAGAAGUGACAGCACCAAAGGGAGAUUUUAAGUUUGACUCAUAUCUAGGCGUUAGUUGGAAUGCUAAUGUUGAUAUUAAGGACAAAUGGAAUCGAAAAGUCAAUGUUUGGAUUGCGAGAAGGCUUGGUAAUGCGCCAGACCAAUUGAAAUACAUAUUUCUUGGUGUAUAUAAUUACGGAAACACCUGGGCUGGUUUCCAUGCCAAAGUCAAUCAAGGUUAUUAUUUUGCUUGGGUAGAAGUUGUCGAUGAGCCGGCAGUUUGGGGUACUGGACCAGUGUUCUAUAUUUCCUAUUAA